AUGCCGUCUCUAAAGGCCUUGGCCAUUCAGGCAGAGUCCAUUCAUGCUGAAAUCCAAGAAGCCACUACGGAUUUCGUCGCGGAGAGGAGUGCCAGUCCAGAGCUGGCACAGCUGGAGCAUGUCGACUCCUGGCCAUCGGAGGUUCAGGGGCACCGGUCUGACACGCCCACGACAGAGCCCGACGCGGGAUUUGCGAGCGCGCAGUCCACCGUGGGUCUCACCAAGAUGGCCCUGUUCCAGCCCCAGUCGACAGCUACACGCGAAGCGGCCGCACUAUGGUGGGCAUGGAAGCAUUUGCAUGCCCAGAACAAGCACUUCCAUACCCACACCAUCCUUGGGCGGUGCAGGCUCCUGAUCGAUAAGACGAUUUGCAAGACCCAUGGUGAUACUCUAGUUUUACAGAGCACUCCAGAAGCUAAGGAGGUGGAGAUCAAUGAGAUCAACGAGAUCGCCAAGACUACCGAGACUAACAAGACCGCAAAGGCCACCGAAGCUGCGGAGACUAUGGGGGCAGCUGCAGAAGAAAACCGAUUAGCAGACAGCAAUGGGAAUGUUAUGCCAUGGUCGGUGUGGUCUUCGAGGCAACGGAAGCUGAUUGUCCUGACAGCCUCAUUUGCAUCACUGCUAUCGCCACUGUCGAGUCAGAUCUACUUUCCAGCUCUAGGAGCGAUUGCCCGGGACCUACAAGUGAGCGACAGCCUUGUCAACCUCUCGAUCACGACGUACGUGAUUCUACAAGCCAUAGCGCCGACAUUUACGGCACAGCUGUCGGACGAGGUGGGCCGGCGACCGCUCUACAUGACGUGCUUUGUGCUAUACACAGGGGCCAACAUCGGGCUGGGGGUGCAGCACAGCUACACGGCGCUGCUCGUGCUAAGGUGUGUGCAGAGCGCAGGAAGCAGCGGCAUGGCGACCCUGGCGAGUGCCGUGGCCACGGACCUGACAACGCCAGCCGAACGCGGCCGCUACAUUGCCUACGCGGCUGCCGUGCCUAUGCUGGGGUCGACACUGGGGCCUAUCAUCGGUGGCCUUCUGGCCCAGUUUGCCGGCUGGCACUCCGUUUUCUGGUUUCUGGUGGCGUUGACUGGCGUCGUCGUCCUCGUGAUGGUCCCUCUCUUCCCCGAGACCUGCCGCAAGAUCGUCGACGACGGAUCCAUCCCACCGCAGCGGUGGAAUCGCUGCUACGCCAACGUGCUACUCGAGAAUCGUCUCACGGCCACGUCUCAAGAAGGCUUGUCACAGCUGCUCGCAGCCCGCACCGAGCGCGACGCGCGCGCGAGGGCGCGUCCCCGCGUGCGACUGCCGAACCCCUUGGCCACGCUGCGGCUGCUGUUGCAGCGCGAGUGUGGCGUGGCUCUGCUCUAUAGCGCGCUGCUGUGCUGCUCAUUCUACGCGACGCUGUCCCUGAUCCCGUCGCAGUUUGGUGCCGUCUACCACUUCAACGAGCUGCAGAUUGCGCUUUGCUACAUCCCCUUUGGCCUCGGCAGCCUUGUCGCCGCCUUUCACCGCGGACGCAUGCUCGACGCCAAUCUGCAGCGCCAUGCCCGCCGCCUCGGCAUCGUCUUGGAGAAGAACCGCAACACCGAUCUGGCCGACUUUCCCAUUGAACGCGCCCGCCUAGAGGUCGCCCUGCCUACUAUCGUCCUUGGCAGCGCCAGCAUGGUUGGCUUCGGUUGGAUGCUGCACGCCCAAGUCAGUUUGGCCGGGCCGCUCAUCUUUCUGUUUGUCAUGGCCUUUUGCAUAUCGUCCUCGCUCAACUGCGUCGUCUGCCUCAUGCUCGACGUCUACCCCAGACAGGCAGGCGCCGUCACGGCCGCCAACAACCUUGUCCGCUGCCUCUUCGGCGCUGCCGCCACCGCCGUUGUCGUACCUAUGAUCAACGGCAUCGGUGUGGGCUGGGCCAUUACUAUCUUUGCCGUCAUUAACAUCAUCGCACUACCGCUGCUGUGGUAUGUUAUGAAAAGGGGACCGGUCUGGCGUGCCGCGACGCGGCAAAAGAAUCUGGAUAAAAAGGCAGCCCAGGGAGUUCCUCAGGCAGUCUGA